AGGUCAGAACCAAAUGAAGACUAGUUUUCUGAUCAACUGCGGAACGUUUACUUCGUUUCAUAAUCAAUAGUUCUGUGCUGCGAGCAAAACACCACAGAACAGCUGGAAUAGCAAACAACAACAUAGCAAAUAAUACCAAAUCUAAUGUCAAAUUCGGAAUAAACUACAUCUCGAAAAUUGCAGCAAGCAGAGUAGGAAGUGAGAAACAGUGGCUGCGGAAAAAGUGUCCCCGCUAGCACAGCGAAUACCCAUCACCGAUCUUCGUAUCGCGGUCAUUAAUUAGCAAUAGAAAGUUCCCCGACUCGCGGGGUCAGCCAGAUGGAGGAGAACGCCGCCCCACCCGCAGCCGCCACAGCAGCGGGCUGUGAUGCCGCCACCCGUCAAAAGAAUCCGGAAACCAGUGUCCGGCUGCUCAUCAAGUCGUCCAACCAGCAGUACGAGGAUCUGAAUGUGGACUCCGACCUCUGCUGGACGGUCCAGCGGCUGAAGAAACACCUAUCUCUUAUCUAUCCUGGCAAACCGAAAAUCCAAGAUCAGAAGCUUAUAUACUCGGGCAAGCUAUUGGAUGACACCCAAAAGAUAUCGGAGGUGAUACGCAGCUACAAGGAUGUCUACCAGCAGCACCACAUAUUUCACUUGGUGUGCGCCAGCAAGCAAGUGAUAACGCCGCCAGUCAAACCCGCCACUGUGCCGCCGAAGGAUGCGGUUCCAGCUGCGUCUGAGGUCAGCGGGAAUGCAAAUGAGCUGCGACAACGUCAUGCCUCGCAUCAGCAGCAGGCACAGCAGGGCAACGCUGCAUCGCCCGUGGCGGGCGACAUUGGUUUGGUCAAUCCCUGGACGCAAUUCUGGCAGCAGAACCAGGGAGCAGCAGCUGCCGCCAAUGCCAGUGCCAGUGCCAGUCCCCAGGCUUUGUUACAGCAGCAGGCGCUCAUCUACAACGCCUGGAUGCAGCAGGCUUACGCGCAGUACAUGCAGCAACUGGCUCUCCGUGCUACGUUGACAGGUUCGAACGAAUCUGGCUUGGCGCCACCGUCUCAACCCCUGUUGCCCACAGUCCCACUGAUUGCAGUGCGAAACUUCGGGGAGGCACAACCAGUGGCAGGAGCAGCUGCAGACCCGGCCGCACAGGUUCCUGUCGCCCCGCAGAUAAAUGGGGCGCCGCAGAACAGAAAUUUUCCCAACAUUCAGGAGGAACCGGAAAUGCGCGACUGGCUGGAUAGCUUCUUUAGCUUUACGCGAUUGGCUAUUUUUGUGACUGUCCUGUACUUUAACUCCUCACCGCUGCGAUGCUUACUGGUGCUGCUCAUCGCCGGAGCGAUUUAUCUGUAUCACAUUGGUGUCCUUCGACGUCGUCGCGAGCGGAACAAUAACAACAUCAAUCGUAACAAUAAUGCUGGCGAUGCGGCCGCCUUUGCUGCAGUGCAGCAAAUUCAGCGCAUGAUGGAUGCGGCCGUGGAACGAGAGAACAACGAUCCCCAGGCGGCCAAUGAGCCAGGUGCAGUGCCAGCGGCCGGACCUGCAGCCGCUGCUGGUCAAGAUGCAAUCGAUGCACCUGCCGCUGCUGCUCCUCUGGCCGGGGCUCCCGAUGCUCCGGCAUCUGCUGCUAAUCCAGAUCCGACUGACGUUUCCGCAGAAGCCGUUGCUGUGGAACCACCAAAUGCCAAUAAUUCUGUGAUUUCCGUUGUGCGCACCUUUGUCAUCACCUUCUUCACCUCGCUGCUGCCUGAGGCACCAGCGCUCUAGAGGAUCGACCUGUUAUACAGAGGGACAUGGUGGACCAUCCACAAACCAGCUUUACAGCUUUACGGCUUUCCUCUUUCUAACCUCCCGUAAUCAAACUGUUAUUCCGUUUUCCUUUAGUUUUGCAUACCUGAGAUGUAGCAAAAACAAACAAUUUGUUUUACUAGCUGUAAUCAUGUAUAUUUAUUUCCGAGAGUUAGCCGAGUUACAACAUCGUAACUGCUGCCUCAAUAGUUUGUAGAAUUUUAGAUGACUAAGAACGUACUCUGUUUUUGAUGUGAAUAGUAAAAUGAUUAUAGUCUGCAUUAAAAUCUGUGCCAGAGACGAACCUAUGAAACCAAGAUGCAAUUAAAAUAAAACGUAUGCUUUAACACCAAAAA